AUGUUUGGUGUCUCCUUGUCCUGUUUUCUCCAUCUUUACCAUACUUGGAGAGUCGGAGCAUCAGGCCAGUGUAAAGAUAACUUGGAUGUUACAGAAGACAGGAGAUUGAGUGCUAUUUUUCACCAGUUCUCUCCAUUAUGUGCCUUAGGAGAUAGCACAGCUCUGUAUGCGUCUAAUGGAAGCUAUAGUUUGCACGUUUAUUCUGCAUUUACACUGCACUGCUGUAGAAGUGGAGAAAUUAGCAGAGUACGGAAAGACAUGUACAAUGACACAUUAAAUGGCAGUACAGAGAAAAGGAGUGCAGAAUUGCCUGAUGCGGUGGGACCCAUUGUUCAGUUACAAGAGAAACUUUAUGUGCCUGUAAAAGAAUACCCUGAUUUUAAUUUUGUUGGGAGAAUCCUUGGACCUAGAGGACUUACAGCUAAACAGCUUGAAGCAGAAACAGGAUGUAAAAUAAUGGUCCGAGGCAAAGGCUCAAUGAGGGAUAAAAAGAAGGAGGAGCAAAAUAGAGGCAAGCCCAAUUGGGAGCAUCUAAAUGAAGAUUUACAUGUACUAAUCACUGUGGAAGAUGCUCAGAACAGAGCAGAAAUCAAGCUGAAGAGAGCAGUGGAAGAAGUGAAGAAGUUACUGGUACCUGCAGCUGAAGGAGAAGACAGCCUAAAGAAGAUGCAGCUGAUGGAGCUUGCAAUUCUGAAUGGCACCUACUACACGUUGGCACCAGCUACAUCAAUCCUUGAGUACCCUAUUGAACCCAGUGGUGUGUUAGGUGCGGUGGCUACUAAAGUUCGAAGGCACGAUAUGCGUGUCCAUCCUUACCAAAGGAUUGUGACCGCAGACCGAGCCGCCACCGGCAACUAACCUAUGACCUUCUGACCUCUGAACUCUUCACCCAAUGAUGACCUGACCA